AUGGACAGAGCAGUGGUUAGAGAUUUUCUGAGGAAAGGAAUGCCAAUAACAGAAACGCAUAUACCCGGAAGAGGAAAAGUCUUCAAAUUUGGAUCAAGUGAUCAAAUUGUUUUGAAACAAGCGUUUAACCAUCUGCACUUUUACCCGGUUGUAUACGAGAAAGAACAAAACCCCACACAAUUCGAAAUACCAAUUGGACAAAAAAUUGCAACAUUUAAACUCACUAAAAGACCGCACGGGCCGUUUUCACUAAAAGUUAUACGUGAAGGAGAUGGUGUUGAACAUGAUCUUUCUAAUCUUCAGGAGACAGUUGAAUUUCUUUCUGACCCUACUCUGCCGCUUCCCUUAAGGAAAACGUUAAUACGUGCCUUUUUAACGGCGUUAGAAGCGCCAUUAAGCAAGCAGCCAGAUUUUAAAAAAGUAUUACAAGAACUUGAUCCAAGUGGAACAGUAACCUCGCAGGAGAGGGAGAAGGUUUUUCGAGCAGGCAUAGAACUUUUUUCUGCAAUUGCUAUAAAAAGGCCCACUUUAGAAGGAUUAAAUCUUCCCGACUGGCUACAGGAGACAAACCAGGAUAUUGUCUCGACAAUGCAGGAAGUUACAAUUCAGCAAAGCAAAGAGAUUGCGGCGCAAAAAGAAACGAAACUGAAAUAUGAAUUAACCCAGAGUAUGCUCAAAACUAGUGAGGAGGCUGUUAAAGAAUGGACAACAUUGAAGGAUCUAAAUGUUAUCGAAGAAAAAGUAAUGGGAACGGAUAAAAAUCCAUAUUUAACUGUGACAAUCCACGAAACCGAUCAGGUAUCCCUUAGAGAAAUGUUUAAACUACUACAAUUUUAUCCUGAAUUAUACAAAAGUCAGGAAGCAAGACAAACAAGAUUCGAAAUUCAAAUUGGCGGAGAAAAAAGGAAAUUCCGUUUGAGUAUAUCGCCAUAUAAAAAUGUAGUAAACCAAAUAUAUGUACAAACUAAUGAUGCCGAUUGGCACGGUACUACGAAGAGAGGAAAAAAGGGGAAAGGUGGUCUCUGGGGACCUACUUACGACACGAUGGUAGACGAAGUUCUUUCUAAAUUUUAUGACCAAAAGAAGCUAGCCAAAGCUAUCCUCAAUGCCUACGAAAGCAAACUCAACAGUCAACCUAAUUUCUCAGAAGAUCUGAAAAUUCCAGGAAAAACCGUAGAAUCCGCUGACACUAUUCGUGCUACCAUAGAAUUUAUGAUCAUUUCCCUGGUUGCAGAAGCGGCUCAACCUACCGAUGAGUUUAAAGUCGCCUUCUUGACAGAGUUAGCAAAAACAAUAAAGAGUCAAAAGGAAUUCCCUGAAAAAAAUAUGCCUAAGAUUGCAGAAUACAAAGCUGGGAGAAGUCCAGGAAUGGACGCUGCUGUAGUACGCUACCUCAAGAUGGUUGGAGCUUAUAAUAGAAUAGAGGAUGUGUUUAGCGAACAAAAUUUUCCAGUAAGAAAGAAAGGUGGAACGCAGGAAGGGCGAAAAAUGAUGGAUAAAUUAGUAGGUGAACGAGUUGCUUCAUAUCUUAUUCGCCAACGUUCCGCUGAAGAACACGAUUUAAGUCUUCUCGACAACAAAGUCGAAGAAGAGUGCACACGGCGUCGAAGAAAACGUAAUGCUUGCUCACUAAAGAAUAAAAAUUCUGCUACUAUUGAUGAGACGUCUAUCAAAAUUAUUGAGGACCGGGUUGAAUUUGACGUAGUAGACCGUCGUGAUGCAAACCAACGACAGCAUGUUCAGUUGCAAAUAAGCCCUGAAGAGUUGGCUACUCCCAAACUUAUUAAAGACAACCUAUCAAAUUCUCGACGAGCUGGUAUGAGUGAGACCUACGCCAAGAUAAACAGAGGUUUAGCGGUUCAUGGUCUGAUAUUCUCCGUUCUUGCCGCUGGAAGAUAUUUUGAGGAAGGUGAAAACUUUAGAGGUGCUAUGACUGUCGCCCAGUCCACUCACACACUUGGAGGUAUAACUGGUCUCAAUGAGAUAGCCUCUAAAGUUGGUCAGCGAGUGCUAAGUAGUGCAGCUAAAGGGUUGGCGAAAGGCCUAAACUUAGAGAAAGGAUUGGAGAGGUUAUCCACUAAGGUGGAAAGGUUCGCAGAGAGAGGAGUUGCACAGUUGCUUGGUGCCGUUCCCGGGGUAGGACUUGCAUUUGAUAUCUACUUUAUUGAACAAGACAUAGAAGAGUUGGCCAACUUAGAUCUUAAUAACCCGGAAGACCUCAAACUAUUGCCUCUUCGUGUAAUAGAUUUAGCACUGGACGUAAGUACGACGGUAUUGAACCUGGUAGGAACAUUUUGUCCGUUAGCAGAAGUUGUUACUGAGCCUCUUGUGAUCGUUCUGUCAAUAAUAAGGAUGGCUAUUGAUGAUUUCUAUAUUGAUAUUAUGGCGGAGAUAGAGAAGAUUAAUUGGAAAAGCCCAUGGGCCGGGUUGGAGUUUCUUGGAGCUCUAGUAAAAGGUUUCCAGGAUGGAGCCGCAGAUUUCUUAACAGGUGGCUUAAGAAGGCAGAUGGAAUCCUAUAGAAAGCAGGAACAAAAUGACAAAAAGCUCAUUCAGGACUUGAAAAACCCCGAUAACUAUUACAAGAUUGUUGGGGAAAAAGAAGGGGGUGGGGAUACAAUUGAUUUCACACAAGGGAAACUUUCCAGUUUUGGCGGCUAUAUCAACUUCAGGCUUCAUGAUAAUAAUCGUGCUACUAUAGAAAUAGGGGAUGUCAGCGGCAGUCAUGAAACAAUACGCAAGACAUUUACAGUUGAUCCCAAUCUUAAAGAUAUCGUACUCGGAAUAGGGGAGGCCCGGACUUUCGAAUACAAGCACGAAACUGCCAAGCUUUGGUUUGUUAUUCCAGUUAAGACAUACAAUGUCAUUUGUGGCGAAAGUCUCCACGGGAAAUCCCUUUACGGAACUUACUAUGGAAAUUCCAAGGACAACACAUUUUAUGCCGUGCAAAAACCAAAGCCAACAGCAAAACCACCCGGGAAAAAGGAAGGAGAAGAAGAAUGUAACUUUGGAAGUCUAAAUUUGAAGUUUGUUACUGGGAAUUACCAUUACAAUCUGUAUGGGCGGGGUGGUAAAGAUACCUUUUACCUCGGACCGGAAAUGUCCUCUGUCACUGGAGGAUCAGGAAGUGACCUGUUCAUCAUCCAAUCAGAUGGCGGAAGAACAGUCAUCGAUAAUUUUGCUGAAGAUAACAUGCGCGACAUCAUUGUCAUCAACGUCAACUUUGAUAAUAUCCGAUGUAAUCAGAGUGGAGUUGAUCUUGACGUCACUUAUUCUAAGAGUCAUCACAUUCGUAUCAAGAACUGGUUUAUUCCAGGUGAUCCGACGUAUUAUCGUCACGUCUCAUUUCGAAGCCAGGACGGAGUCAUUUUCGUCCCAAAACAAACACUGAAUAGUGGCCCGAUUCACACUGUUCAAUGCGUGGCGGUAGCUUUGGAUCUAGGCGCAGCAAAAACAGCUCAAACAGUAUCACUGCAUGAUAUUAAAUACAGUCAAGUGAAACAAGUAUCAGGAUCAGAAUACUCUGAUAUUAUUGUCGGUAAUGACGUCAAUAAUAUCCUGGAUGGAAGCCGUGGAGCUGACCACUUGUCUGGAGGAAAGGAUGAGGAUACCUAUAUCAUACGGGCAAAUGAAGGCCCCGAUGUUAUUGACAAUAACGCAGAUGAUUAUUCAAACACUACUGACGUUGUAGUGUUUGAUGUGCCCUUUGAAAUGAUAGAAGUUAAAACAAAGGGUACCAGCCUCUCUGUAUCAGAUAGGAACAAUGUGGAAACUUCGUCCUUUUUAAUAAAAAAGUGGACCUUAGGAGAACAGUACAGACAUAUACUAUUUACCUCUAAAGAUCACGUUGUCUUUAGAGUAUCUACAAGCGCCGACGGAACUGUAUCCAAAGUGCCAAUGAUGUUGGAUUACAAAACGUCCGAAGACGGAAUUUGUGUUGAUUUGACAGAUUCAACGAGGAGUCCCAAGUGCACCAAACCAACUGGUUACAUCAACGUUGCCACAGUAUCAGAUUCCCCACAUAAUGACCACAUAGUGGGAAAUGCACAGACUAAUUUUUUAAGCUGCACUGGAGGAGAAGAUUAUCUUGAGGGUGGGGAAGGUACUGACAAUUAUGUCGUCAAGAAAACAUGCCAAAAAGCAACAAUCAACAAUUUUGACAGUCGCCAAAAAGUAGAUUUCGUGUACUUAGAGGAAACGUUCGUGAACUUAGCCGUGCAAAGGGAUAACAAAGAUUUGAAGGUUACCUCAAAGCAUGUGACACCUACUUUGGUACUUCGCGAUUGGUUUAACUCGGCUGACUACCAGCAUCUUGGAAUAAGAACCUUUGAUGGAAUAACACUGAGAAUAAACAACAGUACAACGGUAAAACUUGAGCCAUAUGAAGUGUCAAAGGAUAGCAAUGAAUGCCAAUGCACGCAGAAAAGCUGUGCAAAGGGGGUGAUAACAUAUAGUCUUGACGUUGAUCCUUGGUUAAGCGUGGUCCGUCUUGAAUUGAAAUCAAGUCACUGUAGCUACAAAAUCUAUGGCAACCAACUUAACAAUUACCUUGAUCCUGGGUCAGGCAAUGGAUAUUAUUAUCAGCACCUGCAAGGAAGGAAUGGAUCCGAUACCUACGUGUUAAAUCACGGAUAUGGGGAGUUUAAUGAAAUCAACAACUAUGCAGAUGACGACAAAGUAGAUACUCUUCAGCUGGGAAUGGAAUUUGAAGAUAUUAAUGUUUAUUUCCAUGGCCAAAAUGACGCCAUUCUUUCAUCAAAGACGCGACCUAGCUCCCUCAGUGUUCGAAUUCUGGAUUACUUCCGUGGUGCGAAGUACCAGCAUCUUCAGAUAAUAUCUGCAGACAAAGUAAUCUUUAAUAUUAGCAAACAAUACCCGUACAAAAAGGUAAUGGCCGUCGACCGUAGAAUGGUUGAUGCACCGCAAAAGAUUGAUCCUCAAAUGAAUGCUAUAAUCGCCGAAGCUGAUAAUUUGUUAGGAUCGCUUACCUCCCCCAACAAUCUGACAGGUAGUAAUACAACAAGGCAAAUUGAAGGUGGUGCUCAGGCUGACGCUCUUAGUGGAGGAGAAAAAGGAACAAUUUUUGAAGGAAGACAGGGUAACGACACCAUUUAUGGUGGGGCUGGUAAUGAUAUCAUUUUUGGUGGAGAUGGCGAUGACAUCAUCUAUGGUGACACUGGGGAUGACUACAUUUAUGCUGGAGACGGAUCAGACAUUAUUGAUGGCGGUGAUGGUAUUGAUACACUUGCGUUUAAAGGUGAUGGCUUUCUUCGCAAGGGAGUCACUGUCGAUCUCUAUAUUGGCUUUGGAAAAGGAGUUGAUGCCGAAGGAGAUAUCUAUAAGAGCGUCGAAAACGUAUAUGGAACCAUUCACAAUGAUCUUUUGACUGGAUCUGAUUUGGAUAACAAGCUCUAUGGAUUAGAAGGAGACGAUACACUGACUCCUCAUGGCGGGUUUGAUGAAAUUGUUGGCGGAGAAGGAAAAGAUUUGUACUUACUCUAUAAGGCUUCUGGCUUAAAAAUAAUCGAUAACUACGCUGAUGAUGAAGUUGAAGACACGCUUUCCUUGGUUCAUUUGAAUUCCACCGACGUGUGUAUUUUCUUAAUUGGAGACGAUUUACAUCUACAAAUUGAUAAAUCUAACCUGGGAUCAGUGAUUUUUGACGACGAUCCUUUAGCUGUGAUUAUAAGAAACUGGUAUGUGAACGCAAAAUACAGACACCUUACAGUGCUAUUCAGUAACACUCUGUGGGCAGAUUUUGCUCUAUCCGCUAUCGCUGAAGAACUGGAGAUGCUCGGAAAUGGUACCAGCUUUAUCGAAGAAAAAACUGACUUGCAUGUUGUUUCUGCUAACGCCACCGACGUAAGCUUGUCAUGGAAGCCAACAGACAACGUUUUGGUAUAUUCAGAAACUAAGCUUUUUGUCGUACAUUUCAAACAGCUGGCACCAGAAACUUUGAAGGAAACUCAGGUUGAUAACCAAACAUCAUUUAGUGUUCCAUCUCUUGACCCAGCCUCCCACUACGUCUUCGCUUUGGCAUUAACUAAGUGCGACGCGACAGUUGCAGUUUCUCAGACGCUUAUAACCUACGGACGCGAAAGGCCAUGUCACUCGGUAAAAGUUCCACACUCUGUUGUUAAAUACACUCCUUCUACCUCUGCAUCAUACCCUCCUCAUGGCACAGUUGCUAGUGUAAAAUGUGAUGUCGGAUAUAACAUUUAUAACACUAACUCUGAAACGAAUGCAACAUGCUUAGAUAAAGAAUGGAUCCCCUCCCUACCGGUUUGUGAGAAAAUAAAACAAUGCCCUGUCCCUACAAAGCCGACUAACGGAUCAGUUUCAACAAAUGGACACGAAGAAGGAUCAAAAGCUUAUUUUGUUUGUCACAAAGGAUUCUUGCUGAAUGGAACAAAGGAGCGAACGUGCGUAGAUGGAACUUGGGAUGGAGAAUUUCCUAAUUGUCAGCAGCUAAGUUGCCCGAAACCGCCACCUUCUGAGUAUGGAUCGUAUAUUCCCUGUGAUUAUAUCAAGCAUACGAUGACGUAUGGAACAAUGGAUAGUCCCCUUGAAGGCUAUUGUGUUAAGCUUGAAUGCGCCAACUUAUACCAACCAAGUCAUGUGCUUCAUGGUAAAACGUACCGUCCUCGAUGGGAAAGUGAAUGGGAGAUACCACAAGGUGGACGGGUGUGUAGCGAUGGAAAGUGGAUUGGUUAUGUGGAAGACAUCUGCGAACCCACUGCUAGACUUACCAGUGUGGUGGCUCAGUGGAAUAAAAAAAGUGGUUUGCUUCAGCUAUGGCAUAAUGACUCUUGGAAAAAUGCUUCGUCUACCCCAUCACAAGACAUUUUACAUCUUUCCUGCAAAAGUGUAGGUAUAGACAAUCCUCAGCAAGUAUCGCACAGCUCAACUAGCCCCCAAAUACGAGUAGACUGCUCCAGGCUACGUUUGACGCAGCCGAAGCCAACCAUCUACGAAGGGAAAGUUGAACAAUUAACUGACGAUGGUACUUGGGAGGGAAUAUGUGUCAAGGAAAUUGGAACAACGGCAAGUCAGUUUGCAAGCACGGAGAUAUGCGAGUCACUUGGAUUUAACUACAAGUCUGCCGUUGUGGGCAUCAGCACUGGAUGGACAGACCACACACUAGUUUGUUCAUCGUAAGUAAAUAGUAACUGAUUAGUAAACUUUUGCAAGUGCAAGAUGACAUAGUAAGACUUUCUGUUUUGAAACGCGUAAGGUAUUGAUAGAAAUUUAUUGAUUUUAGCGGGUAGUAAGUAGAAAAUUUAGCUAUUUCGUCUUCGUGAAUGCCAUGUUCUUUUUAAGUUCACUAAGGAAUCAACACCUAGGCCGCUAAGCCUGCCAAGGUUGAUCAAUCAUCAUAAUUUAUAACAUCGAUUUGAUGGAGUUAAUUUUGAAUUGCUCGCAUCUUCCCAUUAUGUUUAGCGCCAAUUGGCUAUAUAACAAUUAUUCACCGAAGUGGAGGUGGCUAGUAUUGGAUAUUUACCGAGACCAACGAUUACAAUUUUUGCGCGCGAUGACCGAAAGGCCCCGGUCGUCGCUUUUUCUUAGCGACAAAUAAAACAUUUGAAGGCGUUUGUUUAGCUCUUGCGGGGGAGUUUCUUCAAAAGGAGUUGAGAAUUCUUUUUGUAUUUAAAAUAAUUCUGUAAAAAAGAUUACUAAAUUUAGUUUUAAGCUUAUUUAUGAACAAGUCAACUAAAUAAAGUAACGCAAGACUUAAGCUUAAUUUGCAUUUGUAAAUAAAAAACUUUUUCACCGGUUUUAUCGAUAAAUUCAAGUCAAAAAGACAAAAAGCUUUACCUGUUAAAACUUCCAAACCGAACUUCGUCACCUUCUUCAUGUAUUUCGGAAAUAGCUUGCUUGAUUAGUUGUGAAAUGUCCUAGUUUGUUACGGCAGCAAACCGGGAAGGCAUUUUGCUGGCAACCUACGCGAGUUUGGCGUCGCUCGCUCGGAGGAACUGGAGGUGAAUCAGUGAAUAGUGCAGGAUAUUCACUGAGUGAGUAGCCAAUCAGAGCGCGCGCAAAACACUAUCCACUGUUUUAGUAUAUACUAAAAAGAAUUAGCCGGGGAAUCAGGAACGGUUAAAUAUUUUGAAUGAAUAAUAAAAUGCAUUACUAUCCACAUGUUGCAGUGAAACGAACAUAUGUGAACUACUAGAAAGCAGACAACUGUGUAACACUAUGGUAAGAUGCAGGCAGAAGUGUACUAACAGUUUCCCAGUUCCUCAUGGUUAUGCAGAAUGUAAAGGUAGUUAUGAAGAUGACACAUGCACAGUUCAUUGUGACGACGAUUACAAACUUCAAGGUGACUCUAAAAUUUUUUGCAAAGGAGGUGUGUGGGAAAAUCAAGAUGCAAAGCCGGCUUCUGCCCAAUGUAAAGAUAUAUAG